UGUCGACGUCGCGGGUGGAAAGAGGAAGGGGAAACUCACCAGCCAAGAGAGUGUUUCUGUGGGACGAAGGAAACAUAGGGAGAGAAGGAAGAAUUGAAAGAAAAAGUGAUAAUUCCAGGAGAUAGCAAGGGAGAAAGAGCGGGAUAAUGUGGAAGGAAUUGGUGCUGUUAGCCGGGGCGCUGGCAUUCGCCCACGCCCAGCAGUUCGACUACUAUGACUACGUCGACGAUCCGCAGGCUGUCCUGCCCGCCCCUCCGCCCCCUGCCCCUCGGUCCAGACCUGCCUCCCGACCUGUAGCUCGAGGACCUCCCCCACCCCAGUCUAGACCUGCGCCUCAGCAACCAGGCCAACAACAGUUCGCAAAUGACCCGAAUACUACCCCGGUCCCUAUUGUUACUGAUAUCCGAAGAAUCGACACGAAGACAGGCGGCUUCGUGUACCAGUACGCAGGCGCCGACGGCUCCGCCAAGUACGAGCUGCGCCUCCCGAACGGCACCGUGACGGGCAACUACACGUUCAUCAACGACCUUGGCGAACGUGAGACCCGCUGGUACUCGGCCGGCGUGCACGACCCCUCCCUCGUCGACGAGACCACGGACCCCAACUACGUGGACCGCGGCAACUAUGAGCUCUACAAGCAUCUCGAGGAGCCCUACGUCCACGUGGCAGGCGCCGAUAGCAGCUUCGACUCACAAGCCCCGCGGUCCAGCCCGAGGCCCCAGCGCCCUUCGCCUCCUCGGUCGUCGGGUCCUCGCCCCGCGCCUCCCCGUGCAGCUCCUCCUCCUCCUCCACCUCGUCCUGUCUCAACUCCGCUGGAUUACGAUGAUUCUUCGCUCCACUUCAUCGAACCAGCUCCUCUCUUCGAGGGCGUCCCUGCCGAGCCUCUGGCGCCCCUGCCGCCUGUCCCUGUCGCUCCCCCACAACCCCCUGUCCGAGGUGGCCGCGGGCGUGCGGGCGGGCGAGUCAAGGUGAGCUCUAGGCCCGUGUCGCCUCCCCACAGACUGAACUCCCAGAGCGCCACUGACGCAUUUCUCGACGACAUCAUCAACAGGUUCUCAUAAGGCGGAGAGUUCCUCGCUGGAGUCCAGUUCAGUCGAAAAUGCAACAUAAGUUUUGUUUAAACCUAAAAUUCAAAAGAAAAAAAAAAUGUAUAUGUAUCAUUAGGUGUGUGUGUGCAAUUCGAAGUUUAGCAACACUGACUGACUCUUGUAUAUACAGUAAGAUUAUUAAAAUGCAUAUAAUCACAAGCAUACACAAGAACUGUGAUUUACAAAGCAGCAUCUACACAUUCUGAGUAGAAUUUGAAAAAGACUUGUUUGUUACGUCCUGCUGCCAUUGUUGUUGUUGUGACAGCUUUUCUAUGAAAUAAAAGAGAUCUGUAUUAUAUAA